AUGGGGCCGCCGCUCAGGCCCGCGCCUGCUGGGCGGCCGCCAUGCGGCCCGCGCGCCCCGCCCCGCCGCGCGCUUCCGCCCCGCACUGCGCACUUCCGGCGCGCCCCUCCCGCUUCCGGCCCCGCCCCGCCCGGUUCCGGCCCCGCCCCGCCCGGUGCGGCCCCGCCCCGCGGCGGCGGCGGCGCCAGGAUGAGCGGGAGGCGGGUGGACGCCAAGGUGGUGCUGCUGGGGCAGGAGGGGGUGGGCAAGAGCAGCCUGGUGGAGCGCUGCGCCCACGGCCGCUUCCGCGCCGGGCCCUACCAGAACACGAUCGGAGCCGCUUUUGUGGCCAAGGUGAUGACCGUGGGCGACCAGACAGUGACCCUGGGCAUCUGGGACACGGCGGGCUCGGAGCGCUAUGAGGCCAUGAGCCGCAUCUACUACCGGGGAGCCCGGGCUGCCGUGGUUUGCUACGAUCUCACCGACAGUGGCAGUUUCCAGCGAGCCAAGUUCUGGGUGAACGAGCUGCAGAACUGUGAGGAGGGCUGCCGGAUCUACCUGUGCGGCACCAAGAGCGACCUUCUGGAGGAGGACAGGAGGAAGCGGGGCGUUGACUUCCACGAUGUGCAGGACUACGCUGACGAAAUCAAAGCAGACCACUUUGAGACCUCCAGUAAAACGGGCCAGAGCGUGGAUGAGCUGUUCCAAAAGGUGGCUGAGGACUACGUCAACUUCUCCGCCUUCCAGGUGAUGACAGGGACCUGCCGGGACCCACACCUGGCACCAGCAGCUUUGGUGGUGUGGAUGUGCCAGCAGCCUGCCGCUCCUGCUCUCUUCCAGAGGACAAGGGUGUCAAUCUGACCCAGAGGAACAGUCCCUACUUCUACAGCUGCUGCCACCACUGAGCCCCUGUGCCAAAAGGGAAUCACUGCUGCUGCCGGGGCAGCGGGCGCGCGUCGGACUCCUCUGUUUUUUACCUGCUGUGUUUUAGCUGUUUGGGCCUGUCUGCCCACAGGACUGCUCUCCUGGCACAGGGCGGCACAGGGCUGCCACGCAGUGCUGGAAUCAUGGACUGUCACCCUGGGGACCCCCUCCUUGCCACCUGUGGCAUUUGUGGCAGCUGUGGUGGCCCAGUGGUGGCCAGUAACUUAUUCUCUCAGAGAUGCUCGAUUCUUUGCAGAUUUAUUUAAGCCUUCUCUUGAGGUGUACAAUGUAAAUAAAACGCGUUGUGGUCUGAGCCGUACCCCUGCA